AUGCGUUCUCCAACCAUCGGAGUCUUGUGGCUCUAUGGACUCCUUUUGGCGACCGCGAUUUCUGGUGUCUGCGGAAUCACAAACCCAAAUUUUAUGAGUGUCCGAAAGAAUGUAACAAAAGAAUAUAAAAGUGAACGUCAGAUACCGAAGGAGAAAUACUUUCAUGAAUCAGAUCUCUAUCAUCACUAUGACGACCGAUACACCAAUGUCAGUCUCCCAGUGAUUCCAUAUCUCUCGGAUCUAAUCCAGACAUAUUUCACAACAAUGAACGCAAUUGGUGCAGAGACGUGGAUCAUGCAUGGGACUCUCUUAGCCUGGUGGUGGAACCAGAAGCUCUUCCCGUGGGACGACGAUCUAGAUGUGCAGGUCUCGGAGUCAACAAUUCAUUUCUUAGCAGAUUACUAUAACAUGACCGAGCAUUAUUUCGACCUUCCUCACGUCAAUGGUGGCCGUUCGUACAUGCUCGAGGUCAAUCCCAAUUAUAUCGUCAAAUCGGAGAGAGACACUUUGAACAAGAUUGAUGCACGCUGGAUUGAUAUGUCGUCUGGCCUUUUCAUUGAUAUUACUGCUGUCCGCAAGGAUGAGGCUAGGCGGCUGAAUGGUCGCCCGGAAGCGUUAAUGUGCAAGGAUAAACAUAACUACGAUGAGAGCGAUAUAUUCCCGCUGCGUGACAGUUUCUUUGAGGGUGUUCCGGUCAAAAUCCCAUACGCCUAUACAUAUAUUCUCGAAGAAGAGUAUGGCCCAAGGGCACUCACCCGAACACGCUUCUACGGUUAUAUCUUCAAUGAACGGACCAGGAUUUGGGAGCCUGCAGCGCGCAAAUCCAACCGCUCUGUUUGA